AUGACUCAAAUCGAUCAAAUAACGACCUAUAAUUCAUUCGAACAAACUCUGAAUCAAGCUACCUGGUCAAUGAAUUUAUUCUCCGAUGAUUCUCAUGAUCAAAUGUUUGAUCAACAAAAUUCAAUAGUCUUCCCACAUUUAUAUCAAUUACCUCAUAUUAAUGAAGUCACAUCUGUUUACAACAACAUAAACACCUCAGUAAAGUCAACACAAGAUGUAUCUUCAAUGUCUGCUUCUCUAGAUCCAACUGAUUGGUCAGCAGCACGUGCAGAAGCUCAUAAGAUGUUAGAUGUCUCAUUACAUUUUCUGGAAAAUGCUCGUGAUCGACCUGCUUGGAUACCUAUACCAACUGACGUACGUCAUCGUCUUUUACAUGAAAAUUUGCCAGAACAUGGCAAACCUAUUACAGAAGUAUGUAAAGAUAUCGUCGAUGAUGUUUUACCGUAUUCUGGUGGUAAUACACAUCCUCGAUUUUGGGGUUGGGUUCAUGGAUCUGGUACUGUAGGAGGUGUUAUCGCUGAAAUGAUGACGGCGUCAAUGAAUUCAAAUGUGGGUUUAUGUAGUCAUAGUGGAGUACUUAUUGAACGACAAGUAAUUGAAUGGAUGCGACAAUUAUUCGAAUUCCCAUCAGAGACUGCUGGUGGUCUCAUUGUCAGUGGAACAUCAAUGGCAGCAGUUAUUUGUUUAGCUGUAGCUCGGUAUAAUGCUCUUAACAAAGUAAGACAAGAAGGAUUAGUCAAAUUAUCUGUUCAAUUAGUGGCUUAUGCUUCAACACAAACACAUGUGUGUAUUGUCAAGGCUCUUGAACUUCUUGGUUUAGGCACUCAGGCAUUGAGGCUAGUUCCUGUAGAUGAUCAAUAUCGAAUGAAUAUUCAAGCACUCAAGAAUAUGAUUGAAGAAGAUCGUCAACAAGGUCUGAUACCAUUCUGUAUAGUUGGAAAUGCAGGUACUGUAAGCACUGGUGCUUUCGACAAUUUAUCUGAUUUAGCAACUGUAGCCAAAGAAAAUAAUAUAUGGUUUCAUGUGGAUGGAGCUUUCGGUAGUUUUGUUGCGCUUGAUCCAACUCGUCGACAUUUAAUUCAUGGAUUAUCAGAAGCUGAUUCUUUAGCAUUCGACUUUCACAAAUGGUUACAUGUGCCUUAUGCAGCUGGAUGUGUACUUCUACGUCAAAUCUCUACACUACAUGCUACUUUUUCAUCACCACGAAACUAUUUGGUAAGCACUAGACGAGGAUUUGCUAGUGACAAUCCUUGGUUUUGCGAAAUGGGUAUAGAACUUUCAAGACCAUGCAGAGCUCUCAAAGUAUGGUUUACUAUUAAAGAACACGGAAUAGUACGACUUGGUCAAUCAAUUGCUGCUAAUUGUAAUCAAGCAAAUUAUUUAGCGAAUUUAUUGAGUAAAUACGAUUUUAUUCGAGUAUUUACACCUGUUUCAUUGAAUAUUGUCAAUUUUCGUCUUGAACCUCAUGAACUUAACGAUGCCGAUCCUGAAACUAUUGAUAUAUUUAAUGAUGAACUUGUCAAUGAUCUACAAGAACAAGGUAUUGCAAUUCCAUCAACAUCACGACUCAAUGAUCGUCUUCAUAUUCGAAUUUGUAUUACUAAUCAUCGUAGUACAUUAGCAGAUUUUGAUUUAUUCGUCAAUGCUGUUAUUCAUUUCUGUCAAACACGAAUUGCUUCAGGAAAUAAUCGAAUAGAUACUUGA